AUGCCUCUCUACGAGUUCCAUCACAUCCUCCCCCUCACUGGCGCGGAGAAGUCCCGUAUUGCACGCCUUAUUACUGACUGGCAUGCAACCACCUUCAAAGCUCCUCGUUUUAUCGUAAACUGCCGUUUCAUCGACAUCCGCGCCUCCAACAUUGAGGACUUUUGGGUUGGCGGUAGACAGCUCAAGACAAACAAGCUCAUGAUCACGCUGCGCAGCGGAACAGGAAGGACUGCCGAGCAGUACGCGGGCAUUACCACCAAGCUGAUUUCGUUCUGGAACGACUCCGUCGAGGGGGUUCAGGCUACUCAGAAGGAGAAGGAACUAAAGGAUGUCUUCAUCAUGGGCUCGUACGACUCGGCCUUUGAGAGAGGCUUCUUCUUGCCAAUGCCCGGCAAGUUUGAGGAAUGGGUCACUGGGAACGAAGCUGAGUUUCGGGAGCUGGCAUCUGGAGGAGACGAAAUUUUCCAGGACUUGGUGGAGGAACUCGAAACGCGCCCCGAGUUCAAGGUAACCAACAACGCUUAA